AUGGACGGAAACAGCCUAUUUAAAGCACGUUUUCGUUUUACGGAAGAGGAUGAUGUUCAUCUUCUAAGGGAGGUGUUGGGGCUAAAUCCAUACGAAGAUCAUAGCCGAUGGACAAUAAUUCAAGUAAAUAUGAUCCAAAUUAUAGGAAAUUCUUUGAGUAUCCGCACAUUGAGAGAAAGAGUACAAAAUUUAAUUAAAAAGUUCCUAGUGAAGAAAAAAGCAGAGGAAGGAAUGCAAGUAAACUUAAAACAAACUGACCAUUCCAGUUAG